CGAGGAAGUAAGCCGAGAAAGACGGAAAAAGGCAGCAGCAGCAGCCAGCCGCAACGCAAAGAGAGUGUGUGUCCAUUAUUCUUUUACGCGACGACAAAACUGCCUUCGUUUUUGUUUUCCAUUAUUUUGUCGCGCAAAUAAUUUGUCUACUAUCGGUCCGGUAUGAGUGAAAGUGUGCAUUUUCGGUGCGGUACAAGUGCAGGCAUGGUGUAAGCUGGCGAAACCGGCUCGAGUUCGAUUGGCAAUCGGUGCAAAACGCAGCCCAAUAAUCGGCGAAAGAAAAGGGCAGCGGCUCUCCGUGAAAAAGACGGAACGGACAGGACCUACACACUUGUGACAGAAGAGGGCAAGCGAUGUGGAAGAACCAAGCCCACUUGUGUUUGCUGAUUGCUAGUGUAUACUUGUUGGGUUAUCUGAUCCUGGAAAUUGACGCUGCUGGCAGUAAAGCUGAACCGCGGUACUUUCUUGCCGGCAGAAAUGGUACGUUGGCGUGCAAGUUCAGUGGUGCCGAGAAUCCCGGCUGGCGCAGGAAUGGGAAAAACCUUACCGAUGGCAGCAGCGCCCGAAUCACCUUCAUGAUUGUCGACAGCGAGGCUGACGUGGUGAAGCUAGCAGAUGGCGACGACGGCAAACCGCUGGAAGAGUAUCCACCGCCGACGACGACGGUUCCGACAACCGACGACGUGGGAACGACGGCGAUCUCCACCCUGACUAUACACAAUUUUACGAAAACAGACACCGGUGACUACACCUGCCAUGGUCAGUCGAAGAGCGCCCCUCCGCUGGCAAGCUUCUCAGUGCGGGAAGUGACCCUACCAAAGAUAACCGCCUCGAGCCCGAAGCGCACAAAAAUCAAACAAGGGCAACGGGUUCAACUGUACUGUGUGAUACAAAUGUACCCCCUGGAGUACUUUAACAAUUCGAUACAAUGGUUCAAAGAGGACGAUACCACCGAGAAUAAUUUUAUGCGAAACACGACUGUGCGGGCGUUGAAUGGAACACACGUGAACGUAACGCUCACAAUUGCUGGGGUAAGCAAAACACACAACGGAACCUACUCCUGUAAUGUUGGACCUUCGGCAAUGCUGGAUGAGAAUUCCGCUAUCGAUCGGGAGUCGAUGGCACUGCUAGUGCUCGAUAAGCCCCAAGUAACGAUUGACUAUGUGAAGGCCGUUGGUGCCAAUAAAAUUUAUCUAAACUGGACUGUCAACGAUGGAAACGAUGCGGUCAAGCACUACAUGGCGCAAUUCAUGAAGAAAGGUGAUUCCACUUUUACGUACUAUGCGAAUCGAAUUGACGGCCGGAAUAGUUCUUUUGUGUUGGAAAAUUUCGAUCCUGCUACGGAUUAUGAGAUAAAACUGACUGCCCAGAAUGGGCAGGGUAGUGGCCCAACAUCGCCGGCUGUAAAGGUUCGUACCCUGGAUAGUGAUCCCAGCUUCACACCGGUAGUGGAAGUAAAAGGCAAUACACAUUCAACGAUUACGAUCGGAUGGGCCGCACCUCCGGCAGAUUUACUCGAGUACAUUCAGUACUAUGACUUGACGGUUUCGGUGGCCGGUGAAAAUUCUUCCAAGUGGGAAACUUACUAUCCACAAAACAGUCGCAAUCUUCCGUACAUGUUUGACAAUCUGGACACUGCCACCGAGUAUAGCUUUCGAGUGCGUGCCUGCAGCGAACUGGCCAAAGUUUGCGGAAACUGGUCGGAAGAAGUGAACGGUACUACUAGUGAUGGUCUAUCCUCUGCACCUUUGAAUCUAAAUAUAACUUGCUCACAUUUCAACAUAUCCCGUCGAAAUACGGUUCGCAUCCACUGGGAUCCACCGAAGAAACCGAAUGGAAAGGUUGUUUCCUACCAGGUCACCCUCGAAGGUCUCUCGCAGUACCGCAGCGAACAUGGCAGUUUGAAGAAUGAAACCUGGGGACCGAAGAUAAAAAAUGUCCAGCCGCAGUUCACUAAAACCGAGUACGAUGGAAUUCCGCCAAACACAAAUUAUACCGUAAAAGUUGCAGCCGUAACACGCACCAAGCGAUCCGGUGUGGUUGCCAGUGCCACCUGUACCAUGCCGGUUACAACUCCGGACAACAUCGGACGUCUGAUGUGGGGCAAACUGCGCACCGAAGAUAACCAGUGGAUUUUUAAGCUUUUCCUGCCACGGAUUUCGGAGAGAAACGGUCCCAUCUGUUGCUACAAAAUCUAUCUGACACGGCUAGCGCACAGGAACGAGUCUCUUCCGGAGCCGGAGAAUCUGCUGGUGACGAAUUAUGCUGAUGUGCACGCAAUUAACAACACCCGUGGAGGAACUUACCUGGCGGAGAUUUUCUCCAGCCUGAACUACAGCUCGGAAGUGUUUCUGGGCGAUGGAAAGAACAACGAAUACCGCGAUCUCGCCUUCUGUCCGCAGUGCCUGCAGCGGACGAAGUUUCUUCAUAAUGAGAAGCCACCCAGUGCCAUUGCCAAAGAUGGGCAUGAUAACAGUUUAACGGCGCAGAACGUAACCGUCACAACGCCAAACCCAACCCGGACUGGUAACGAAGCCGUCCCCGCUGCAGAUCAGCUGAAAGUAUCCAGCCACGAUAAGCGGGAAACAAAUGUGUACAACUACUACGAGGGUGGCGGCCCGAAUCAGUUCGAAACAGUUUACGAUGGAAUUCUCGACCCGUCAAGCAACUAUACGGGUUUUGUGGAAGUCGUAGUAAAAAGUGACAGCGAUCCGGGUGAGGCUCAGUACAUCUCAACGUUUAGCGAAUACUUUCAGGAAAUGAAUGCCGGCGCCCCGCUGGCGAGUGAUCUGAGUGGAAGAGAUCUGUCCUUUAUACUUAACAUUGUUAUUCAAAUUCUGUGCGGACUGAUUUUGAUUGUUUUGCUAGUGCUGCUCACACUGUGCCUGUUGCACAAACAUUUCAGCAAGAACAUCGCCCAGGAGGGCGAAGUUAUCAGCUUGGGAGAUUCACUGCGUCGAGCUCUAUGUCACAGCCGAAACAAUAAUGCUCACCACCGGCAUCUGCUGGGAUCGAAUACCGCAAAACCACCGGUGAUUCCACCAAUCUCCCGGGAAGACCUGUCAAAGUCAUAUUUUGAUAAGCACAAGGAUUCCGAUUAUGGCUUUCAGCAUGAGUUCGAACUACUGCCGGAUAAGUUUGCCGAUCGGACGACGAAGAACUCUGACCUGAAGGAAAAUAUUCACAAAAAUCGUUAUCCGGAUAUCAAAUCGUACGAUCAGACACGAGUAAAACUAUCCACGCUGAAUGGUCUCUCCGGGUCGGAUUACAUAAACGCAAACUUUGUUAUCGGCUACAAGGAACGGAAAAAAUUUAUCUGCGCACAGGGACCAAUGGAUAGCACUAUUGUGGACUUCUGGCGAAUGAUUUGGGAGCAGCAUUUGGAAAUCAUCGUCAUGUUGACCAAUUUAGAGGAGUACAAUAAAACAAAAUGCGCUAAAUAUUGGCCGGAAAAUAUUAACGAUUCCACACAAUACGGGGAUCUACUGAUUACAUUCGCUUCGGACAAUUAUUACGCCGAUUAUAUUAUAAGAAAUUUAAAAGUUACUAAACGUAUCGUCAAUUCGUCCGGCGAGGAGGCUGAAGAGACGCGGUACAUCUCCCAGUACCACUAUCUCACCUGGAAGGACUUCAUGGCACCGGAGCAUCCGCAGGGGAUCACCAAAUUCAUCAAACGCAUCAACUCCGAAUACUCACUACAGCGUGGCCCGAUUCUGGUUCACUGCAGCGCUGGUGUCGGUCGAACAGGGACCUUUGUGGCACUGGACUCACUAUCGCAGCAGCUGAACGAGGAGGGUCAAGUGUCCAUCUUCAAUACGAUUUGUGAUAUGCGAUAUCAAAGAAAUUUUCUCGUGCAGUCAUUGAAACAAUAUAUCUUUUUAUAUCGAGCCCUCACCGAACUAGCGUACUUUGGCGAUACGGAAAUUGACCAAAAAUCAUUAGCCACUACGGUGGAAAGUCUGAAACAGCCAUCUAGCGAAAAUGCGGAAAUAUGUAAGCUGGAAGCACAGUUCCAGCGAAUAAAAUCCUUCCAAGAGGACACACGAAAGACGACCGCCAUCGGGGGUAGCGAAGACAACCGAGCAAAGAAUCGCUCCGAAACGUGCGUCCCGUAUGACAAGAACCGGGUCAUUCUGGCCCCGAUUCCAGGCCAUGACAAUUGCACCUACAUCAACGCGUCGUUCAUCGAUGGGUACGACGACGAGAAUAACUUCAUCAUCACCCAAGAUCCGAUGGAGAACACCAUUUUCGACUUUUGGCGGAUGAUAUUCGAGCAGCGGAUAAAGACGAUUGUGAUGUUUUCCGAGAUCGGUGACGGGGCUAACAAGUGUCCCCGGUACUGGGCGGACGAGGAGAUGCAGUAUGAGAACCUGCUGGUGACGUACAUCCAGAGCGAAAGUGGGCCGUACUAUACGAAGCGAGAGUUUACGGUGAUGAAUUGUAAAUCGAAGGACACCAUUCAGGUGACACAAUUCCAGUAUAAUGGAUGGCCUACGGUGGAAGGCGAGGUACCCGAGGUUACUCGGGGUAUGAUCGAGAUAGUCAACCAGGCGCAGAAGCACAGCUCCCAGCAGGAGGAUAUGUUCACGAUUGCUGUUCACUGCAGCUUGGGAACGGACAAAAGCUCCCUAUUCGUUGCCAUGUGCAUACUUGUUAUGCAACUCAAAACUGAGAAACGCAUCGACAUUUGCUCGGUGGUAAGAAAGCUUCGAGCACAACGUAGUUUAAUGAUUGAAACAUAUGCACAAUACGAGUUUCUGCAUAGGGCGAUUGUAAAUUUUGCUGACUUAUACAAAAUCUCGUUAGGCAUAGCAUCCGAUUGUUGAUAAGUUCCGACUGAAAGUGAUAAAUCAACUCAACAAACCGCAGCAACAACCACCACAUCAUCAACAGUAGAACAGCGAAAACAGAAAAAAAACACAAAAAACUAAAAACGUAAAUUGUGUGAUCCUAACAAAAAAAAAACAAAAUAUCGACACACCUCUUAUGUGGAGAACUGAAGAAACUCAAUCCUAUCAUAUUAUACACACACAUACACACACACAAACACUACAUCUUCUACACACAGAUAAUUUUGCUAGCGAAUGUGUCGCUCUCCACGCAGGAUGAGCGGUCAAAACAAGCGACGAGAGCGCGCUUGUGCUUCGAAGUAUGCUUCAAUGUAUAUGUAAUAAUUUUUAGCUUUUUUUAAGUAAACAAGAAAUACAGUUCUAGUGCAUGAGUUAUAUUAGAUCCCCGCGACUAAUAAUGUAAGAAGACAUUACGCAAAACAAACAAAUCAAACGUCGAAAAGGACGCUGAGAUUAGUCUAUUCUAUUAACAUAGUGAAAGCGGAAACGAGGGACGCAGAAAGAGAUAGAAAGCGAGAGAGAGGGCAAUCAUCAAAAUGGAGAGAUUUGUUAUAUUAAACCAUAAUGAAUUUUAUAACUAUUCACACCACUAUAAAACGCUAAAUUCUUUUAGCCCGCACAUGGCAUAACAUACCUCCUCCCAAACUUGUUUCGCAGACAAAGUAACGAACAAUUGCCAUUUUUUAGUUGUAAAGUUGUAAACGAAACGUAAGAAGACAUGAACAAAACUACCACAACAUACCAGAUAAAUAGUUAUUUUCAUUCGCAACAAAAAACACACUGAAAACGACAGUCACUACUAGGAAGUCAAAGCAGGUACUUUUUAUACUACCCUAGGAAGUGCGAAUGGGAAAACGCCACAUCCUCCUAGCAAAAAAUUAGAAAAGCAAGACAACAGACGACAGCAACAGCAAAAGCGUGUGAUCAAAUUGUAGGAAGAGAAAAAUAAACGGGCAGAAAAAGCGGUGGCGAAUGUUAGGAGCUAUAUAAUAAAAAAAAAAUAAUAUUAAUAAUAAUAAAAUAUUCUAGUUAUUUUUCAUGUUGAAAAAUGCAACCAGAGGAAAGCCAAGCCCAAUCUCAAAGAUGAAAAAAAAAAAAGAAUGAACGAGCGAACGUGCGAACGAGAAGUGAAACAAUAUGACACUCGUAAACCAUUAAGGCAGAAGAUGCAAAAUAUACCUCUAUCUGUGUGUAAAAUUCAAUAACUAUUAAGGUAUCUGUACCAGUAUGAUAUUUCUAUGAGUAACAAAACAACAAAUAAAACGAAAGGAAACAAAAGAUCAACAACAAACAACCAACCAACCGGAUGCUGAAACGCUACAAUUUACUAACACUAAACAUAAUGUCUGUAUUUAUCAACAACAAGAAAGCAGCAGCAGCUAAAACGAAAAUAUACACACAAAAACACACUACAAGACAGUUGAUAAGUGAUGCAUAAAAGCUUGUGUAUAAAACCGAAA